GCAGGCGCGUACCUGCCCCCCUUGCAGCAGGUAUUUCAAGCGCCGCGCCGGCCCGGGAUAGGAACGGUCGGGAAACCCAUCAAGCUCUUGGCCAACUACUUUGAAGUGGACAUUCCCAAGAUCGAUGUGUACCAUUAUGAAGUGGAUAUCAAACCCGACAAAUGUCCACGCAGAGUCAACAGGGAGGUUGUGGAGUACAUGGUGCAGCACUUCAAACCGCAGAUCUUCGGCGACCGAAAGCCGGUCUACGAUGGGAAGAAGAACAUCUACACAGUCACGGCAUUGCCCAUUGGAAACGAGAGGGUUGACUUUGAGGUGACGAUCCCGGGGGAAGGCAAGGACAGGAUAUUUAAGGUCUCGAUCAAAUGGAUGGCCAUCGUCAGCUGGCGCAUGCUGCACGAGGCGCUGGUCAGCGGGCAGAUCCCCGUGCCCCUGGAGUCCGUCCAGGCGCUGGACGUGGCCAUGAGGCACCUGGCAUCCAUGAGGUACACCCCCGUCGGCCGCUCCUUCUUCUCCCCCCCUGAAGGUUAUUACCACCCCCUGGGAGGCGGCAGGGAGGUCUGGUUCGGGUUCAACCAGUCGGUCAGGCCUGCCAUGUGGAAGAUGAUGCUCAACAUCGACGUGUCGGCCACCGCCUUCUACAAAGCCCAGCCCGUCAUCGAGUUCAUGUGUGAGGUGCUGGACAUCCGGAACAUCGACGAGCAGCCGAAGCCCCUGACAGACUCGCAGAGAGUGCGUUUCACCAAGGAGAUCAAAGGUCUGAAAGUGGAGGUGACCCACUGCGGGCAGAUGAAGAGGAAAUACCGCGUGUGUAACGUCACCCGGCGGCCGGCCAGCCACCAGACGUUCCCCCUGCAGCUGGAGAGCGGUCAGACCGUGGAGUGCACCGUGGCUCAGUACUUCAAGCAGAAAUACAACCUGCAGCUGAAAUACCCCCACCUGCCCUGCCUGCAGGUUGGCCAGGAGCAGAAGCACACCUACCUGCCCUUGGAGGUCUGUAACAUCGUGGCGGGCCAGCGGUGCAUCAAGAAGCUCACAGAUAAUCAGACGUCAACCAUGAUUAAAGCAACGGCCAGGUCUGCCCCGGACAGGCAGGAGGAAAUCAGUCGCCUGAUGAAGAACGCCAGCUACAACCUGGACCCGUACAUCCAGGAGUUUGGGAUCAAGGUGAAGGAUGACAUGACGGAGGUGACGGGGAGGGUGCUGCCAGCGCCCAUCCUGCAGUACGGAGGCAGGAACCGGGCCAUCGCCACUCCCAACCAGGGCGUGUGGGACAUGCGAGGGAAGCAGUUCUACAACGGCAUCGAGAUCAAGGUCUGGGCCAUCGCCUGCUUUGCCCCGCAGAAGCAGUGUCGAGAGGAGGUGCUGAAGAACUUCACGGACCAGCUGCGCAAGAUCUCCAAGGACGCGGGGAUGCCCAUCCAGGGCCAGCCCUGUUUCUGCAAAUACGCCCAGGGCGCAGACAGCGUGGAGCCCAUGUUUCGCCACCUCAAGAACACCUAUUCAGGGCUUCAGCUCAUCAUCGUCAUCCUGCCGGGGAAAACGCCGGUGUACGCCGAGGUGAAGCGCGUUGGGGACACCCUGCUGGGAAUGGCCACGCAGUGCGUGCAGGUCAAGAACGUGGUGAAGACCUCCCCGCAGACCCUGUCCAACCUCUGCCUCAAGAUCAACGUCAAGCUUGGCGGGAUCAACAACAUCCUUGUGCCUCACCAGCGCUCUGCCGUCUUUCAGCAGCCGGUGAUCUUCCUCGGGGCCGAUGUCACUCACCCCCCGGCCGGAGACGGGAAGAAGCCCUCCAUAACGGCUGUUGUGGGCAGCAUGGACGCCCACCCCAGCCGCUACUGUGCCACGGUGCGCGUGCAGCGUCCUCGCCAGGAGAUCAUCGAGGACUUGUCCUACAUGGUGAGGGAGCUGCUCAUCCAGUUCUACAAAUCCACCCGCUUCAAACCCACCAGGAUCAUCUUCUACCGCGACGGCGUUCCCGAGGGGCAGCUCCCGCAGAUCCUUCACUACGAGCUCCUGGCGAUCCGAGACGCCUGCAUCAAACUGGAAAAGGAUUACCAGCCCGGCAUCACCUACAUCGUCGUCCAGAAAAGGCAUCACACCCGGCUCUUCUGCGCAGACAAGAACGAGAGGAUUGGGAAGAGUGGGAACAUCCCAGCAGGAACAACAGUGGAUACCAACAUCACCCACCCCUUUGAGUUCGACUUCUACCUGUGCAGUCACGCAGGCAUUCAGGGUACGAGCCGGCCGUCCCAUUACUACGUGCCGUGGGACGACAACCGGUUCACGCCUGCCUACUACGCCCGGCUGGUGGCCUUCAGGGCCCGCUACCACCUGGUGGACAAGGAGCACGACAGUGGCGAGGGCAGCCAUAUAUCUGGACAGAGCAACGGCAGAGACCCCCAGGCCUUGGCGAAGGCUGUGCAGGUUCAUCAGGACACUUUACGUACCAUGUACUUUGCUUGAAAGCCUAACUUUUGUUACCUCACUCAAGAAAGCUUUCAGAUUUGUAGGAGCCAUACAAAAAAGGAAGCAUUGGGACACCUUGGUUUUUUUCCAAUGAGAAAUCACUGCAGGGCAGGCAGCGUCGAGGCGAGGCAGGAGACCAGCACCACGGGACAGAACGAUCCGACACCUUUGCAGGAUUGGAAGAGACUGACGAUUAUUUUUUUAAGUUUUUUUUUGUGGUUUUUUUGUUCUUUUCUGGCUUUGCAAAAUUUUGACCUGACCAAACACAACGAAGGCGUUCGAGGAAGGGAUAAAACUGCCAGGAGGCGGAAGCAGGUUUUCAUUUUUAAGAUGCAAUACUUAAUAGACUCCUGACUGUGAACUGGCGGCUUUGGUCCUCCGUUGCCCACCAGGCGCUGGUAGGUAUUUUUUGUGGGGGUUGGGGGGGGAGGGGAUUUUUAGAGCCUUAAAACAGAAGACUAGAUUUAUAAAACUUAAUAUUUUAGAAUAUGAGAUGCUUUAAUGGGUUGAGGGGAAAAA